GUAACAGCAGUGUGUGGAGAGUUCUGAGAGGAGGAGUGUGUAUGGGUUUCCGUGUGUUUGUUUGAGUCUAGCGGCUCAUUGGGGGGGAGCUGAGUGUAUGUGAUUGUAUGUGUUUGUAUGUGCAAUAACCCUGCGCCAUGGUGCUGAUGAUCGAGCAGACAGAUCGGAUUUUCACACCGCUGUCAUCUCCUGAAGGAGGAAAAACCAGCAGGAUCGACAAGAAAGACCUCCGAAUACAAACUAACUCAGAAGCUGAAAAUGUAGAGGAGAAGCUCUACACAGAGUCCGAUCUGUCUGAGAGCAGGAGGAAGUCUCCUAUCCUGAGGAUUAAACUGCCCGAUCAACCCUCACUCACACUCAGUCCAACAGACUCUGAGUCAAAACUAGAGAGGAAGAAAACUCAGUACAGCCAGUUCUCCAAAGCAAACGCACAGUAUCAUAAGCUCUUCAAAGAAUUAAGCAAUGAUGAGAUCCUCAAACAAAGUUAUACUUGUGCUCUCCAGAAGGACAUACUUUAUCAGGGAAGGCUUUUUGUCUCGGAUAACUGGAUUUGUUUCCAUUCCAAAGUGUUUGGCAGGGACACCAAGAUCGCUAUCCCAGUUCUCUCUAUCACCCUUAUAAAGAAGACAAAAACUGCCCUUUUGGUGCCAAAUGCACUUGUUAUCACAACUACAACUGAAAGGCAUCUGUUUGUGUCGUUCCUGUCCCGGGACACUACAUACAAGUUCCUGCUGUCAGUCUGCAUUCAUUUACGUGUAGAGAAUGCAGGCAGCACCCCGGUCACAUCAUCAGCAGAGAACAGCUUCAGAGCGGACUGCCCUUCGUCACUUCCUCUGGUUAGUGUUGAUUUGCCUGUGGUUCCUUCAUUUCCAUCCCACAAGAAGGUUUGUCAUGCAACUCCAAAGAACAUCCUGCAUUGUGUAAAGUCACUGUGGAAAGAUUUCUCAGCUGAUUUUUCAGAUCUUGAUGGAGUAGUGCGUCAGAGAAGGCAGGAACUGCUGGACAGUAGCAGUUCAGGCUCCCAGACCCCAGAUUAUGAAAAGAUGACUGAGUUCCCCCCCCUCACUGAAAACUUCCUGGACGUGAUGAAGAGCGGAGAGAUGGCCGUCCACGCUGACAUUCACCUGCAGACCAUCAGCACAAAGCAACACAAUGGUCCAGUUAAGGCUGUAAACGGUCCCAACCAGCAGGAGAAGUUUCUCUAUCCAUUGUCUCUGAACAGUCUUCUACUCGUCUAUUUAUUCUUGGUGUGUGUUCUCGUCUUGUCUUCGUGUUACAUGGCUUUUAAGAUCCUGGCUCUCGAGCAGCGGCUGAAUUCACUGGGCUCAUUGGGAGACUAUUCACACGAGAACGCGCUUCAUCAUCGAUCUCAAGUAGCAGCCAGCGCAGAGAUCUACGGCGAGCUGUCCACAAACCUGUUCAAGUUAGAAAAGAUUCAGAAGAACCUGCGAAAGCUGCUUGAAGGGAGCUGAGUGUCCUGGCGGAAGGACAAAAAAACGCUUCAAAGACUCGACGAACAAGAGGAACCAUAACUGUGCAAUAGCUACACAGCCUUUCUCUCUCUACUUGGGAGUGCACACUUUUUUUUCUUUUUUUUUUUACCUGAAUCAUGGCAUUUCAUCCAAGGAUGAUGGAGAGAGAAAAAGCUUUAUAUUUUAGUACUGUAGAAUUUAAAAGCUUCAAGCUAGUAAGAAUAAAUGAGUCCCAAGGACUCUGGGUUUUGUAUGUUUAACUUUUCAGAAAUAAAACCAGAUUACAAAAAAUGUAGCUUUGUGACGAUUUGUUACAAUUUAGAAUGGUCAAUAAAAUAUUUAUAGUUUCUGUCA